CUUCAAACGGGGCGAUAGAGCGAAGAAACACAUCCGAAAGCUUUUCUAGCUAGCUAAAUCUCUUGCUAGCUCUGUGUACCCAAAUUUAGAGAGCCGUUAAGUCGAGUUCGUCAAGAAAUACAUCAUUUUUUUUCAAAAGCGAUCAAAAAUCACACUCGGUCUUGCAUUCAGUGGUGUCACAUUUAUCUGCCAGAGCAACACCCAAGUAAAAUAUGUGCUGCAGCUGAAGAUGGGUGGUAGCGGCUCCAAAUCCAAAGGAUUUUGGCCUUUCUCUGGCUCAGGCAGCGGCGACGACCAAGCCAAAGACGGAAAUGAGCAGUCACUGGCAAGAGCCCGAAGUUUCCCGGGGGCGACGCCUUUUGUGUUUACCAGGCGAAGCUCUUUAUUCUUGGACGAGGAUGGCGACCUGGCCCACGAGUUCUACGAAGAGACCAUUGUGACAAAAAAUGGCCGCAAAAAAGCCAAACUGAGGAGGAUUUACAAAAACUUGACGCCUCAGGGAAUCGUAAAGCUGGACCUCCCUUGCAUCCAUGUCGAUUUUCCCGUCAUCCUUUGCGAAGUCUGACGACGUCCGCGACGCGUCUCGAGACGAACACGCCCUGUCGGCUCCGUCCCGUGGUCCCCCCCCCCCCCCCCCCCCGAAGCCUGGAGACCAGAAACUUUCAGAUAAUACAUCACACAUCUCUCGAUUAUAUUUGAAGCGCAUCUGUCGUCAGAAUGAUGUCUUGUGAGCUGCGCCUCUGCACGUGAUCUGUUAUUAGUGACGCAUUAUAGAUCACUUAUAGGAGGCACGUAGGAUGGAGACAAGUUGGGAAAACAUGCCCGGUUUACACGGCGUGCAUGCAUGUACGUGUGCUGUUGCGGAUCGCUGCAAAUUAUUUUCAGGGAUGGUUUACGGAACUCUUUAAAGGGAUUAUUACCAUCUCCUCCCGACAUGUCACAUUAUCUCUAGAAGGAAAGUAGUCGCACACUUAAGCGUUGUUAAUUUUCUUUUUCUUUUAAACUUUGCUAUGCAUGGGAAAAGGAUCGGAUGGUUCCUCGAAAUGAAUUGAGUUGACAAUCAGUCGCCCUCCAAUUAAAACUGAAUUGCUUCAAUGACUUUGGCCUGAUGUCACACGAGCGAAAACACGAGUAGGGACGUCCGCCGUGAGAUCUGGGUGUGUGUGCUUUGCUGCUCUCGCGUACGAUAUUUCACAUUUAAUUUAUUUUUUUUAUUCUUAUUUUUUGCAAAUACACUCAAAAUGCACCACUG